AUGCCAAGGGAAAUUAUCACCCUGCAAUGCGGGCAGUGCGGAAACCAGAUCGGGGUGGAGUUCUGGAAACAGUUGUGCAACGAACAUAAUAUAGACAAGGAGGGAAUACUGAAAAACAAUAACUACCUCAAUGAGGACCGCAAGGACAUUUUCUUCUACCAAGCAGACGAUGAGCACUUCAUCCCGAGGGCACUGCUCUUCGACUUGGAGCCAAGAGUUAUCAACAGCAUUCAAGCAAGCGAAUAUCGUAACCUAUAUAACCCAGAAAAUAUGUUCAUUUCAAAAGAAGGAGGAGGCGCAGGAAAUAACUGGGGAUGUGGAUAUAGCCAAGGACACAAGGUUGAAGAAGAGAUAAUAGACAUGAUAGAUCGGGAAGUAGACAACAGUGAUAAUUUAGAAGGUUUCAUAUUAUCCCACUCGAUAGCAGGAGGAACUGGUAGUGGGAUGGGUAGUUACCUACUUGAACUUCUCAAUGAUAAUUAUUCGAAGAAGGUAAUACAAACCUUUUCUGUUUUUCCUCUUCUGACAAAUGAAAGCAGUGAUGUAGUGGUGCAGCCAUAUAAUAGCAUCCUCACCUUGAAGAGAUUGAUCCUUAGUACGGAUAGUGUAGUGGUAAUAGAUAACACUUCCUUGAACAGAAUAUUUGUCGAUCGGUUGAAAUUAAACAAUCCAACUUUCCAACAAACCAAUACCAUCAUCUCAAAUGUUAUGUCAGCGUCCACCACGACAUUGAGGUACCCUGGUAGUAUGAACAACGACAUGAUAAGUUUGAUUUCUUCGCUUAUCAUAAAUCCGAAGUGUCACUUCCUUGUUACUUCAUACACACCUAUAACCAUCGAUAAGCAUCUCUCGAAUGUACAGAAGACGACGGUACUGGAUGUAAUGAAGAGACUCCUACACACAAAAAACAUUAUGGUUUCUGUGCCAGUUAGAAGAGGCAUGUAUAUUUCCAUUCUUAACAUUAUCAGAGGAGAAACAGAUCCCACACAGGUACAUAAAGGAUUGCAAAGAAUACGAGAUAGAAAGCUAGUUAAUUUUAUCAAAUGGAACCCCGCCUCCAUACAAGUAACUUUAGCCAAACCAUCUCCUCAUGUCGUAUCCACUCAUAAGGUAUCUGGACUCAUGAUGGCUAACCACACAUCAAUCUCCACCCUCUUCGAAAGAUGUGUCACGCAAUUUGAUAGACUUUUUAAGAGAAGGGCCUUUUUAGAAAAUUACAAAAAGGAACCCAUGUUCAGUAGUGCCGAUGGACAAGGAAACUUCGAGGAGAUGGAAUCCUCAAAGGAGAUCACGCAAAAUUUGAUAGACGAGUAUAAGAGCGCUGAGCGAGACGAUUACUUUAGUCACGCCUACCUUUGA